AUGCCGAGCGAGUGCUCGUCUAAGGACUAUAGCUUCAUUUCGGAAGGUUCGUUUUGUGUUGAGAGUACAGUGUACGACUGGUAUCGUAUUACGGACCACGAUGGUAUUAAGGAAAACAUGAGUAGUUCAAAAGGAUCACGAGCACUGAGAACUCAGUCAUCUACACCGACAGACGAUGUGGACGACGUGUUAUAUCCCACUAUGACCUCUCAAAUAGCUACAAGUCUCAGCACAAUGUACGACAAUGGACAGAUAGACUGUCAUCGGUUGUGGAUGGACUCGGAAAUUCCAAUUGUGGGCAGAUCUAGCUCCGCUCCACCCUCGAUUCAGUUACUACAAGAAGUCAUACGACCAUCUGAAAGAACGAGAGCAGCUACAGCUCCAUCUGCCGGAGUCUUUAAUCAUUUAUUGUAUGGUAGUUUACGAGGUGGUGCAUCGGUUGAAUUGUUCUCGCAUCCAUUUUACGGCUUGGCCAUCUCAGCAGCUGCAACAGGAUUUAUGACUCCAUUUCUUGCAGAAGCGUUCCAACCUCUUCUUUGUGUUUAUUUGAGUUCUAGCACAGACCAAUGUACGAUGACAUUACAAUUACUUCACUUACCUGGUGUUGCAAGUUUCUUUAUUGGGUUACUUUCCGAUUUCUACCCAAUUCGUAGCUUUCAUCGCAAGUCAUAUAUGCUUGGUGGAUGGAUGUUUGCAUACUUGGCACUUAUGGCGCUCGUAAUUGUAGCUUUGAUCGAUGAUAACACAGGACACAUGAAUACUGGGAUUCGAACUUUCUAUGGAGGAAGUGUGUAUGUACUAUUGAUGUUGGCUACAAGUCUCGGUAUUACUGUCGCGUCUAUCUCGGCGUUUGCGUUUCUAAUUGAGUUAUCACAACGCGAGCCAGUUCAUGAACGCGGUAUGUUGCUUGUACAAUAUCUACUGAUACAAGAAGUAGCAACUUUGGUAUCCGAUGUCAUUAUUUCGCUAGUUGUUGGUUACAAUACAGAGUCAAAGACGACCGAAGCGAUUCUAUCGAUGAAGGUUAUUCUUCUUCUUAUGGCAGUAAUUACAUUAAUGCCAAUUCCAGCUGUACUUUUACGUCUAGAAGAAGAACCACGACAACUUAAAGUUGACUCCAUAGAUCGCUCGUCCCUCACUCAUCAAUUAUGGCGUAUCUUACAGCAACAAGCGGUUUGGCGUAUCCUUGUUUUCGUCUGCUUGUUUGUAUUUCUAACAUCAUUCAAGUUUACCUUUGCCGACGAUGCUGUGUUGUUCUGGGCUCGAGCUUCACCCCAUAAUGAACGUUUUGGGGCUGUUUUAAAACAAACAAUCUUGAUUUUAUCGAUCCUGGUCUUUCAAUUUACACUAUUUAAUCACAGUUGGGUACGCUUUUCUAUCGGAGGAUUAUUGCUUGGUAUAAUAUGUAAAUUUAUUGCAGCAAUCCCGACAAUAUUUAAUGGAGUUCGAAGUGCUUGGUAUACAAUUUCAAUCUUAUCGCUGCUAGGUAUCUCGAGGGCAACGGUGCUGCUUGUCACAUCACUGCCAAUUGUGGAGAUCACUGAAAAUUGUCUUGAAGGUGCGACAACAGGUCUCGUAGCGUCCUACACGACUGUAAUUCACAUGGUAAUUUUAACGUUAUCAAACGCACUAAGCACGUCAAGUACCGAGCUCAUACGAGACUUUUCGGACGCAGUCAUUGCCCAAGAUUCUUCGGAUACACGCCUUCAAGUGUUGUCGUAUAUCAUGGCAAAUUGUGCUAUCAAUAUUAUGGCAUUAGUGCCAAUUGUUUAUUUAUUACCGCGUCAGAAGCUCGAAGCCCAAGAAAUGCGCAUUUAUGGUGAAUAUAAUCGCAAGGCAGGCAUUUUAGUUAUCCUAGUAUUUGUAGGCCUCAUCCUAUACGCCGCUUCAGUCAAUUUCUACGCAUUGCUGACCGACACUACCUGA